GUUGUGUAUGUAGCGGUCUGCGCAAAGACACCAAACGAAGGCCAAACGGCGCACAACUGGGGCCGCUUGCGCAUUCUUUUUUGUGGAGCAAGCAGAAUACAUGACCACCUACUGAAUUAUCCAUAAGACAACCAUGUUGUUAGGAUUACGUGCGUCGGGGCCUAUGAGGCUCGGGGGCCCGAGUUGCGGCGCAAGUCUCGCCCCAAUUGCUAUAGGCUGGCGACUGCGAGGAAUUCUACCGCCAACGUAUACGCCGUCACGGAUUGUGUGCGCACAUGCUGCAAAGCGUGGUCGACCUCGGAAGACCGACGAGCCGGCCCCGGAGAUAGCGGAGAGCGAGGAGCCAGAAGCUCCUGCGGAGGACCCCGCAGCGCCCAGGCGCGGCCGCCGCAGUAAGAAGGAGAAGGCCCAGGAGGAGGCCCGGGACCUGCUGCAGAGCCAGCAAGUGGACCUGGAGGUGCUGGAGGAGUUCAAAGCGCGUGCCGCUGCGGAGGACGAGGCGCGCAAGGCGGCCAUCGGCGGCGGCGAGGACGACCCGCGCCGCCUGAACUUCCACAGGUCGCUGCUGGCUGCCUCCGCGCGGGGCCUGACGGCCGAGUGCAGCCGUAUCAUUGACUCCAUGAUUGACGCGGGGCUUCAGCCGGGUGCACGCGCCAUCCACGUGUGGGCCUACUCCCACAUUGUGGUCGGCGACGGCCGCGCGGCGCGCCGCGUGGCGGAGGAGGCGAAGCAGACGUUCGGCGUGGAGUGGAUCCCGGAGACGUACGUGGCGCUGAUGCACGGCGCGCUGUCCUGCAACGGCGAGGCGCCCGACCUGAUGGCCGCACUGCAGAUGUGGGUGGCGCAGCAGGACGCCGCCGCAGCCGGCCGCAACGCCAACCCGCAGCUGGGCUUCGUGUUCCUGGCCAAGGAGCUGUUCAGGCUGCGCUACAGCGCGCUGGCCAUGCAGGUUGUGUCUGAGGGCUACGCUGCGGGCUUCAAGCCAGACGACAAGCUGGCGGCGCUGGUCAUCGAGCAGCUGUGCAAACAGGGCCUGCAGGCCGAGGCCGCCGCCGAGAUGCAACGGCUGCUGGACGCGGGUCUGCCGGUGGGCCCGGAGCAGUACGACACGCUGGUGCGCCUGGAGGCGGCGCGCGGCAGCGUGGAGGGGGCGCGCAGCAUGCUGCAGAAUUUCUACACGGACGCGCGCUUCUCGCCGCCGCGGGCCUCCACCUACAACGCGCUGCUCAAGGGCCUGGCCUCCGGCCUGCGCCUGGCACCGCUGGGCGGGGCCUUCCCGGCGGCGGCGCUGGCGGGCGAUGAGGACGGCCUGGACGCCGAUGAGGAGGCGGCGGCGGCCGGCGGGCGGCGGCUGGUGCUGGACGGCGACUCGCUGGACAAGCUGCUGGUGGUGCUGCGGGAGGAGAUGGUGGCGCGCGGGCUGCGGCCCGGCAAGGAGACGUACGCGGCCAUGGUGGAGUCGUUCGCGGCUGUGGGCGACCUGGACGGCGCCCUCAGCGCCUACGACACACUGCUGCGCGCCAACGGCAGCCCCGCGCUGCUGCGCAAGAAGUACCUGGGCCGCCUCGUGGUGGGCCUGCUGGUGUCGGACCGCCCCAUCGACGCGCUGCGUGUGCUGCGUGACUGCUCCGAGAGCUCCUCCUUCGACGACGCGCGCGAGAGCGUCACGCUGCCGCCCGCCGCCUCGGACGCGCUGCCGGGCCCCGCCGCCGGCGGCCGCACCGCGCUGACGGUGUGGCUGCAGGCGCACUACGAGACCAUGCGGCAGCGGCGUGGCCAGCGCGCCAGCGUGUUGCAGUUCAUGCAGGACGCCGACAUGUCGAGCCGGCGCGAGGUGGACGGUGUGGUGCUGGGCCUGGGCGGCUGCGUGGUGACGGCGGACGGGCUGUUCGUGCCGCCCAGCCGCAUGACCACCGCCGAGCUGAGGGCCGAGCUCAGCGGCGCCGGCAUUGAGGUGCCGGCCAGCGCCACGGGCGGCAGCAGCAGCAGCACCAGGAGUCAGCUGCUCAAGCUGGUCAAGGACCGCCGCACCAAGCUGCCCUCGGGCGUGAUUGAGAUGCAGGCGCAGCUGGCGGCGCAGCUGGAGGCGCGGGAGGAGGCGGAGCUGCGCGCGGCGCGCAAGGCCGCCGCGCUUGCGUCCCGCGAGGAGUCCGGCGGUGACGACGACUUCCUGUGGGACGACGAGGCGGAGGAGGACGAGAUGGAGGACGACGACGACGACGACGGCCCCACAGGCCUGGACCCGAACGUGGCGAGCAUCAUCGCGGACGAGGGCACCUUUGAGGGCGGCGACUCCAUUGAGGACAGCCCCACCUUCUUCGCCGCCGCCCGCGGCCGCCUGGCCGCCACCGGCGAGAUGCAGGAGCGCGACAGCCUGCGCGUUCGGGGCGCGGCGGAGGCGGAGGAGGCGGAGGAGGAGGACGAGGAGGCGGAGGUGGAGGAUGAGGAGGAGCUGGAGGAUGAGUAUGAGUACGAUGACGUGGAUGUGGACGUGGAUGAUGAUGACGAGGACCUGCCUCUGAUCCGGCUGGAUGACCUUGAUGAGGACGAGGACGAGGAGGAGGACGAGGAGGAGGACGACGACGCCGACGACAUGCUCGAGUCCGUGGACAUGAUCUCCGGCCCCGGCCUGGACGCCGCCGCCACCGCCUCCCGCAACAAGCGCCGCCGCAAGCGCCGCGUCAGCGACGAGGACGACGACGACUACGAUGAGGAGGACGACGAGCUGGCCGAGCUCGGCCUGGACGACGACGCGCCGCUCAGCGACGGCCUGGGCCCCAUCCCCGGCGCCAACCGCCGCGGCCGCGAGUUCAUCCAGAUGCAGAAGGUGGAUGAUGACGAGGCCAUUCUGGACCAGGUCCUGGCGAUGAGCACUUUUGAUGCCUCGCGCUUCAACGAGGCCGCGGGCAUGGUGGUGGCUCUGCGCAUGCUGGGGCUGUGGGCGGCGGUGGGCGGCGUGCCCUCGGCGGCGGACUUCCUGGCCCUGUACGAGGGCGCGGUGGUGGAGGCGCACCCGCGCUGCGCCGCCGACCUGGCGGAGCAGCUGCCGGUGCUGGAGGCGGGCGGAGACGUCAGCUCCGAGCAGCUGACGGAGAUGAUGGUGACGCUGGCCAACAUCUGCCUCAGCCCCGCCAAGGCCGACGCCGAGGCCGCCGACCGCAUCAUCACCGCCAUGGAGGACGCCGGCCUGGCGGUGCCGCCCGGCCUCUACAGCGGACUGGCGGCGGCGCUGGGCGGCCGCAAGCGCACGCGCGAGAGCGUCCUGGGCCGCAGCGGGCACGAGGUGGCGGCGGUGGAGUGGGAGGCCGCCGGCAACAUGGCCAAUGUGACGCUGGACGCCGACGUGGAAGACAUCCGCGGUGCGGAGGAGGGCGAGGGCGAGGCCGGCGCCACGGCCUCCACGGACGAGGCCGAGGAGGAGGCCGAGGAGGGCGAGGAGGGCGAGGGCGAGGAGGAGCUGUUCGCCGGGUAUGAGGAGGACCCCGCCUCGCAGGAGGCUGAGGAGCUGGAGUGGCUGUUCCAGCGGGACGCCGACGAGGACGACUCCUGGAUGGACGACCUGGACACGCGGCCCGCAGACGUGGAAGAGGUGCGUGCCGAGGCCGAGGCCAAGGCCGCCGCAGCGCGGCAGGAGGCGGCGGUUGCCAACGCGCUAGAGCGUGUGCGGCUGGUCGCCGGCCCCGCCGCCGCGGCGCUGCUGGCGCAGACCAUUGAGCAGCGCGACGCGGCGCGCCUGGAGGAGGCCGCCAAGGAGGCCGCCGUCGCGUCGGACACCGUGGCCGAGGAGCGCGUGGACCUUAUGUCGUCGCUGGAGACGGCGCUGGUGGAGAGCGGCACCGUGACGGUGCUACCCGCGGUGGCGGCGCCGCAGGCGUGGCAGGCGGGCGGCGCGGGCUCGGGCUCGGGUGAUGGUGCCAGGCCCGAGGAGGCGCGGGCGGACGCGGAGCUGCAGGACCUGACGGCGGAGGUGGAGUGGCAGGCCAAGUCGAUGCUGGAGCUGCCGCCGGUGGUGCUGGCGGAGGCGGCUAAUGCGGCGCUGGCGGAGAUGCGGGCGGCGGGCGUGGUGGAUGAGGACGACGCGGCUGCGCUGCAGCGCAUCGCUGACAAGGCCACGGUGCUGGAGCAGCUGCGCGCCGUGUCCACCGCCGCCGCCGCCGCGCAUCCCGGAGGCAUGGACGCCGCCGCCGAGGACGUGGAGGCCGCGCUCGGCAAGCUGCAGGCCGCGGAGGCCGCCGCCAUGUCGUACGCGGCGGCGGUGGGGCUGGACGCGGCGGCGGCGGGCGAGGACCUGGCGGCGGCGGCGCGCGAGGCGGCGGGCUGGGGCGAGGACGAGGUGCUAGACUUCCUGGACGAGAUUGAUGAGACGCGCGGCGAGAUGGAUGAGGCGGAGGCGGCCGAGAUGCUGACGGAGGAGGACCUGGAGCCGGCCGUGGACCACGAGACGGCGCUGACUGGGGUGGCCGGCGAGCUGGCGGAGGAGGCGGUGCGGCAGGCGGAGGCGCUGCUGGAGCUGGAGGCGGAGGGCGGCAUCAACACGGGCGACGGCGACACGCCGGACGAGGCGGACGAGCGCUUGUUGAGUGAGGCGGAGCGCGGCUACCGGGCGGCGCUGGUGUUGGGGCUGGAGGACGCGGAGGCGCAGCAGGCGGCGCUGCAGCGCGCGUACCAGGGCGCGGAGGCGGCUUUGAAGGCGGGCAAGAAGCCCAAGUGGAGCAAGGAGCAGCAGGCGGUGGCGGCGGCGCUGGACGCGGGCGACAUGGGCGCGCUGCAGGAGCGGCUGGGGUUGGAGGGCGUGGAGUGGAUCGCGGGCGAGCUGCGCGCGCUGGCGGAGCGGGAGGAGAUGGAGCUGCCGGCCGGCGUGGACGAGGCUGACGAGGACGAGGUGCCGGUGUUGCCCGGCGGCCUGGCGCUGAGCGAGCGCUUCAUGGAGGCGGUGCGCGCCACCGUGGCGGACCGCGCGGCGGCGGCGGAGGCGGAGGGCGUGCCGCCGGCCGAGGUGCUGGGCGGUGAGCUAGCGGUGCUGGACGCCAUGCUGGCAUUGGCCAACGGCUACCGGCCGCAGGGCUUCGAGGGCGAGUCCGUGUCGGACCUGGCCGGCGCCAACGAGGACGGCGAGGACGGCAGCGAGCUGGGCCGCCUGCUGCAGCAGCUGCGCCGCGACGCCUCAGACGCCAUGGCGGCGGCGGACGCGGCGGUGGGCACGGCGCGCGAGGAGCAGGCGUUCGCGGCGGCGGCAAGCGUCGUGUCCGAGCUGAUGGAGGUGGCGAGCGAGGUGUACGAGGAGGCGGAGGAGGCGGCAGCGGAGGCGGAGGAGGCGAUGGGCGAGUACGAGGAGGGUGAGGAGCUGAGCGAGGAGGACGAGGCGGCGAGCCGGGAGGCAGCGCGGCAAAUGCUUGCGGCUCUGGCGGCGUUGCAGCCAAACGCAGGGCUGCCGUUCGGUGCCGAUGGCGCAGGGGCGGAGGAAGAGCAGGGUGGGGCUGCGACGGCAGUGGCGGCGCCGCCGGCUCCGGCGCCGCCGAAGGCGGGGCGCAAGGGUCGGGGCACGCGGGGAACCGCGAGCUCGGAGUGAUUUAGUGGUAGGGACAUUGGGAGAUGUGUCCUCAUUUGCACGGCAGCUCGGGAUGACGGAAGCACGGGUCCAAGCGCUAGAUUAUGCGUAGGUUUGAGAGGCGCGGUACAGGCGGCGAACAAGGAAGGUGGCCCCUGAAGGAAAUGAGGGCUGCGCCCACGUCCCGUUGGUGCACGUCUGAGGGACCGAAGGUGUGGGACGCGGAUCAAUAAGUGCCUGUAUGAGUUAAGGCCUGCAGGCUUGAAGAUUUGGUGCGUUGUUCUGUCCUUUGCUUGCCUGUCGUAUGUUGUGCGUUUGGCAUGCUACCACGGAAUACAUCCCCGCACUACCGUACAGGAGUCUUUGUCAGGCCGUUGCAUCGGUAUCAACGCAUUUCCGCCGGACUACUACGGUACUGGCAGAGGUUAUUUGACGCCAUGUUAGACACGCUUGGGU